AACAAGAAGUGCCGACCGACAACCAAACGUCACCUCGUUCCGCAAAAAGAAAAAGCAAACCGUAAGAUUUUCGUCGACCGCAAAAGAAAAUUUUUCCUUCCGCGUAAAUUUUGGUUACAAAAGCGAAAGCAACCGGCAAAUUCUUCGAUAGGUUUCGGCUUCGAGGCUGCGUGAACCGGUAGCACUAGGAAAAUUCAGCGAAAAUGUCCGACAUCGAUGAUGAUUUCAUGUGCGAAGAUGAGGAAGACUACGGAUUGGAGUAUUCCGAGGACAGCAACUCCGAACCGGAUGUGGACCUGGAGAACCAAUACUACAACAGUAAGGCCCUCAAGGAGGAAGCUCCCCACGAAGCGCUCAAAUCCUUCCAAAAGGUGCUGGAUCUGGAGAACGGAGAAAAGGGCGAAUGGGGCUUCAAGGCGCUCAAGCAGAUGAUCAAGAUCAACUUCAAGCUGCAAAACUAUCCAGAAAUGAUGACCCGAUAUAAGCAGUUACUGACCUACAUUAAAAGCGCUGUGACACGGAACCACUCGGAAAAGUCAAUCAAUUCGAUUCUAGAUUACAUUUCUACGUCUAAAAAUAUGGAAUUACUGCAAAACUUCUACGAAACUACCCUCGAUGCACUGAAAGAUGCGAAGAACGAUCGACUCUGGUUCAAGACCAACACAAAGCUGGGAAAACUGUAUUUCGAUCGCAGCGACUUCGGAAAGCUCCAAAAGAUCCUCAAACAGUUGCACCAAUCCUGUCAAACGGACGACGGAGAGGAUGACCUAAAGAAGGGAACCCAGCUGUUAGAAAUCUAUGCGCUUGAAAUCCAAAUGUACACCGUUCAGAAGAACAACAAGAAGCUGAAAGCCCUGUACGAACAAUCGCUGCACAUAAAAUCGGCCAUCCCUCAUCCUUUGAUCAUGGGCGUCAUUCGAGAGUGCGGUGGCAAAAUGCACCUCCGGGAGGGCGAAUUCGAGAAAGCACACACGGACUUCUUCGAGGCGUUCAAAAACUACGACGAGUCCGGUUCUUCUCGGCGCACAACUUGCCUCAAGUAUCUGGUACUGGCGAACAUGCUUAUGAAGUCGGGAAUCAACCCGUUCGACUCGCAGGAAGCGAAACCGUACAAGAACGACCCGGAAAUACUGGCCAUGACCAACCUGGUGAUGAGCUACCAGAACAACGACAUCAUGGAGUUUGAAUCGAUCUUACGAAACAAUCGUAACAACAUCAUGGCCGAUCCGUUCAUCCGGGAGCACAUUGAGGACCUGUUGCGCAACAUCCGGACCCAGGUGCUGAUCAAGCUCAUUCGCCCGUAUACCAAGAUCACGAUUCCGUUCAUAUCGAACGAGCUGAACAUCGAACCGGUGGAGGUGGAGAGUUUGCUGGUUUCUUGUAUCCUGGACAGUACCAUUCAGGGACGUAUCGAUCAGGUCAACCAGGUGCUGGAGUUGAACAAGGAGGCCCGCUGUGGAGCACGUGAUAGCGCCAUCGAAAAGUGGUCCAGCCAGAUCAACUCGGUACAAACGGCCAUCAUCAACAAGAUGGCCUAGAGUUACGAGGGUAAGUUCUAGUUCUAGCUGUGCUAAUCGACCUCGAAAUCUGGGGAUCAGCCCGUGUUCACUCCCAGUUUAGUUAAGUAACAAACAAAAUCGCGGGAAGGCUAGUCCUGUCCGCGCCAUCAAAUCGCUUACAACCAUGUUUCAUGCUAAUUCGAAACGGAAUAAAAGAGACGGAAAAUGGAUUGCAAAGGAAGCUCACAAUAAAGACCGACGGAACGAGUCACCCGUUGUUAUUAUAAAAGCGUAA